AUGUUUAGAAGUUGUCGUCAAUUAAGAGGUUCUGCUCCUAUACUGAGACAACUCUGUACUUCCAGAAUACAGACAGGACCUAGCUUAAGAUUCUCAUCACAUUAUGCUAGACAACAUGCAUCAAAUUAUGGAAGAAGAAGUUGGUCAAAAAUAAUUCUUACCACUCUUGGUGGUAUUGGUCUUAUAGGGCUCAGUGCAUGGUGGGUUUAUUGGCCACAUCAUACCUUCCCAAAAUCAGUUGCAAAAAUAUUAAGAAAAGGUCUAUGGGCUGAAUCGGAUAAAGGUGAGAAAGAUUACCAAACUGCAUUAAAGCAUUAUUUAGAAGCUUUAGAAGAAGCUGAUAAAUUUGAAUUAGAUCCUUUAAGUGAUGAAUACACUGGUAUACAAUUAAAAGUUGGUGAAAUGUAUGAAAGAUUGAAUAUGAAUCAAGAUGCCUUGAUGGUUUAUUCUGAAAUAGCUUCAGCUUAUUUAGAUGCAUUAACUACCCCAGGUAAAAUUCCAAUUCCAAGAAGACCUCAUAUCAUUCAAAAAGAUUUAAGAGUUGUUGUUAAAAUCGUUGAACUUAAUAAAGGUAACCCAUAUGCUUCCAAGAUGUUAUUAAUGACACAUUUCUUAAUUGCUCAAGAAGAAGUUGCUAAAAGAAGUAAAACAGUUUCUAAAUUGAUUAAAGAAGAAAAAGAACAAAUUUUACAAGAAGUUUCACAACAACAAUCACCAUAUUCAAAUCCAAUUAAAGAAGAUUCUUUAAAAGUUGGUGAAGAUGAGAAAAUCGUUGUUAUUGAAAAGAACAGAGAUGCUUGGGAGCCUUUCCGUGAUGAAUUGUUUAAUGCAAGAGAUCUUUAUGUUGCAAUUUCAUUAGCAACUGGUGAUUUACAAUCUGCUGUUCGCACUAAAAUUGCGACCACUGAAUGGAUGUUAAAUGCUGAUUGUGAUCCAGGUGAAAUUUUAAUGUCACAAGCUAAUUUAGGUUCAUUAAUGUAUUUACAAGCCGAAGAAUUUGAAGCUAAAGAAUAUCGUGCUAUAAAGCAAAAAUUAGAAGAAUCUAAAAUUGCAUCUGAAAGAUUUAAUAAAAAAAGUUGUCUUGACUUGGCUUUGAAAUGUUAUGAAUCAGUUUUAGCAUUUUCUAAACAAUUACCAGCUCAAUUACGUCGUGAAGAAAACGUUGAAGAAUCUAUUGCUCUUUCCACAUAUGGUUUAGGUGUUAUUAAAUUACAUUUAGGUGAACUAGAUACAGCUAAAAAUUUGUUACGUGAAUCAAGAUUAAGAGCUAAAGGUAGUGGAUUUAAUGAUUUAGUUGUUGAAGCUGAAAGAGAAUUGGAAAAAUUGGGUAAAGAAGUUGAAAAAUUAGAAAAAGAAAACACACAAAAGGAGUAUGAACAAGAAAGAAUCAAAAAGUUAUUGGAAAACAAAGGUGAACAACCUGAUAUAGAACUUGAUAUCCAACUAAACAAGCAUAAAUAA